UAUUGUAUCGAUUGAAUGCAUUGCUUUACCAAGGCAACUGCAGCUUUUAAAUUGUUCUUAAUGGCUGCUUAUACUAACGAGGAUAAAGUGUUUCGCAUAAACAAUCGUUUAUGUUAUUUUUCAAAUAACGGAGCACAUUUAGCAGUUGCAUUUCAGUCGAAUCUACUUAUAAAAGACUCCAAGACUCUUGACACCCGUCACUCAUUUGUAUUCACGGAUAUAAUACAGUAUAUGGAAUGGUCCCCAAACAGUGAAUACAUUUUGUGUGCAAAUAUAAAAAAAGCCAUUGUUCAAGUGUACUCAGUGCAUCAUCCUCAGUGGAAAUGCAAACUUACAGAAAGCAGUGCAGGUUUACAGAGUGUUGCUUGGUCUCCUGAUAGCAAGUGUAUUCUUACCAUAGCAGAUUUUAAUAUUCAAAUAUCCAUUUGGAACUUAUGUGAUCAGAUUGUGUCGUACAUACAAAAUGUAAAAACUUCUGCCUUUGACAAAUUACGUUUUAGUCCCAAUGGCACAAAAUUGGCUGUAAUAAUUACAGAGGAGAACAAAGAUAUAGUGGAAAUUUACAAAACGGACAACUGGAAAAUAAGUCGAAAACUUAUCUGUGAUCGUUUACGCAACAUCGACGGGAUACGCUGGUCACCGAAUGAUGAAUUAUUAUGCAUAUGGUGUUCCUCCCCCGCCGAGCCUAAGCUGAUCGUUUAUUCCACUAUAUGGGAGAAACAUGUGGUUGCGUUUUCUCCGUUGGAAAUUGCACAGUCCGAGAUCGCAUAUAGCUCUGAAAGAAAACUGAAAGGAAUCGAGAAUAUCGAAUGGAUCCCCAGUGGACAAUUAUUAGCUGUAAUUGGAUUUAACGAAAUGAUUGUCCUUCUUAAUUAUAUUACAUGGACGCCAUUAUCGCAAUUAUAUCUAGAUCCAGUGAUCAGGGAAUGCAAUUAUUUAACGAAAGUUUACAAGGAGCGCAUCGAUUCGGGAGAAAACCCGAGUAAAUGUAUAGUUUCCUGCAACGAACGUGUUCUUCGUGAGAUACAUGAGCGUCCCAUAUACAUAGAAAUUGGAAAAAAGAAUGCCAGUAAUAAUUUCUCAGUAGCAAAAGUUAAUCUAUUUGAAUUCAGUGGCUGUGGACAGUACUUGGCUAUGAAACAUGAACUUUAUCCUACCACAUUGUGGAUAUGGGACAUCUUUACCGAUUAUCUUGAUUAUUUGUUACUCGAAAAUCCUAUUUUGGGUAUGUUGUUGAGUUUAUUUGUAGCCAUCAAGUGGAAUCCCGUUCACCCGCAAUUACUGAUAUUCUCCGAGUAUACGACACGCGUAUACGAAUGGACCCGAAAAGGCGCGAGAAUGCUGCCAAUGUCGAAGUACAUGUCGGUCGUAGACGCUCAUUGGCAUCCUACCGGAGACAAAGUUGCAUUAUGCAGUUACAAUAAGGCGAUUAUUUAUGAAAUCACAGAUAUAUCUUAACGAAUAAUAAUUACUUUAAAUAUAGGCUUGAUAUGCUUGUUUUUGCUGUAUAUGAUGUCAUGGAAUAUUUUUUCUAUAUAUUUCACAAUAUAGUAUUUCUUAUAUUUUAA